CGACUUGUUUAUUUCCGUUGCAGAAAGGAAGUAGCUCGUUGGGUCUUGUGGAGGUGACCGAAUGGCAAAUUUAUUCUGUCAAUCUUGAAUUAGUUCUCUCCCAGAGUCGUAGGAAACACCGAUAAUUUUAUUUUCAUUGUGAAAAAAUACCGUUAGCACCAUGGGAGCUCACCUCGCGCGGCGGUAUAUCACCGAGACGGAGACCGAGCCUGACCCUGCGAAACCGUUUGGCUUUGACCCCGAAUUCGGCUUCGACGAGAGGAAAGAGAGAGAGAUGGUGGCCUCCCAGGCCCAGAUGAACCUGGCCCAGGUCCCUGUACUCCAGAGGGACUACUGCGCCCACCACCUCAUCAAGCUCAUGAAGUGUAAGAGGGACAACUGGCCCAACUUCCUGGCCUGUAAACACGAGAGACACGACUGGGACUACUGCGAGCACCAGGAGUAA